AUGGGAGACCCUGGCCCGCUGCGGUGCCAGGUCUGCGACAUGGUCUUCCACUCCGGGCCCCUGCUGGACGCCCACGCUCGGCUCCUCUGCAUCGGGCGCCUGACGGGCGAGGGACUCCGGCCCGGCCCCAUCGAGCCGGAGGCCAACGGGACGGAGCCAGAAGCGGAGCCCUGGGGCAGGCGCAGCCUGGAAGUCCCGGCCCCCCGGACCCUCACGGACGAGGUGCGCAGGCUUCGACUGCUGCUGCAGGAGAUGGGGCUGGGGGGGCCGGAGCCCCUCGUCCAGGGCGGGGGUGACCCCAGGGGACGGGAGAGCCGGGAGCAGCUCCGGGCGCUGGAGGAGGAUCAUGCCCGGAGACUGGCAGAGAUCCAGGCCCAAAACCGCAGCCUGGAGCAGCAGAGGGACGCAGAGAUCAACCGGCACCUGGCGGACCUGGCCGUGAAGACCCCCGCCCCGCAGGAGCUGCAGGCCCCGGGAGACCACAGGCAGCCGCCACGAGGCCGCGGAGGAGAAGGCUCUCACCAGGGAAGGGCUCAGCUCGACCCCCCGGCGGAGAAGGAAAGACGCCAAGUGGGACGGCGGCUCUUCUCCGCCAGCCCCGGGCCUCUGGCUGCCGAGAUCCGGGCCCUCCACCUGGGCUACGUCCAGGGCGGCGGCCGGGACCCCAGGGUCCUGACGCAGAUGGCCGAGCUGCACACGGAGGCCACGGCGCUGGAGCGUGAGAGGAAGCGGUCGGAGCGGAAGACCAGCCAGUGUCCAGGGCGGGCGGCUGGCACCGCCCCCCGGGGCCUGGAUGAGCAGCUGUGGGCAGUGGAGGCGGAGAACCGGAGGCUGGAGGGGGAGAUUCUGAAGCUGAAGCUCCACCGGGGCCAGAGGGGAACACGGAGAGCCCCCCCACUGCCACCCUCCCUGGGCCCCGGAGACCCCUACCUGGCCUGCAGGGCAAAGGAGUGGCCGCGGGCCGAGACCCCCCUGCCCACCCACCACAUCCUGGCCCCGCCGGACGUGCUGGGCCCGGCCCCCUACGACCCGGCGGCGGGCCUGGUGGUCUUCUACGAUUUCCUGCUGGGCCUGGAGAUGCCGUGGCUGCAGGUGCGGUUGGUGAGCGCCCUGGCCCGGGCCGGGCAGGAGCUGGGCAGGCCCACCGCGCUACCCCCCAGCCCCUGCCUGGCCCUGCCCCAGGCCCGGGGCCGCCCGCCGGGCAGCUGUGCCAUCCUGUCCGCCAAGCAGCCGGUGCCCAGGCUGCGGCCCUGCCCGGCCCUGUCCCUGCUGAUGGCCCUGGAGGCCUCGGGGGGCUUCUCCCCGAGUGGCGGGGAGCUGGAGGGACUGAAGCCCCGAGGCUGGGCCAAGCUGCGGCUCUUCGACCCGGAGCAGCGGGCGCUGAGCGGGCGCUGGCGGGUCCCUCUGCGGGCACUGCCAGCGGACCCCAGCCUCACCCCAGAGCAGCUCAACGGGGUCCCCCAGGCUGGCCGGGCUGAGCUGUACCUGCGGGUGGCAAACGCGAGAGAUGCAGAGGUGCAGUCGUUGGCAGUGGUGGACCCCUCCAAUGCCCCCGACUACCUCUUCCCCCCGACGGUGCCCCAUCCCGUCGCCCGGGCCAGCGCGUCGCUGCGGCCCACCGGCCCCGUCCCCACGAGUCUGGGCCCCUCCGUCCCCCUCCCCGCCGGCUUUGUGGACCCCCCUCCUGCCCGAGAAUUUUCUCCCCAUCGCACCCCAAGCCUCGGCUGA